AUGACGUAAACAAACUCACCCAAGUGCGCUGUUCAAACGUGGGCUCGUAACUUACCAAAGUUAUAUCCACGUAAAUUAAUGUCAAUUCAUAAUUCUAUUACUUGUAACAUGGUAAGUUUGCAACACUGCUUGUAUGUCUUUGAUAAGAAAGAAAGCGCACGUACACAGUUUACUUAGGUGCUCCUCUGCAACUGCAGAACAUUUUGCAUGCCUGGUGAGGUUACACUAUCUUUUAUUUGCUAAUAAUUUUAACGUUUGUCUAGUUGCACUCGUUGAAAUAUCCAAUCAAGAUUUUAGUUCAGUUUCUGCGGUCAUCUUUAAAAUACACACGGUUAUGUUUUUGCUCAUUCACGAUGAUAGUGUGAACUUGUUUACCUCAGUGCCGCUGUGUCACACCAUGGAAACAUCUGAGUAUCAUAUCUAUUAUAAGAGCUCAGUUAUAUAUUUAGGGUUGUCGUGGCGCUGUUUACCUUAGUUUGAUGUAAAAUCCGCAUGUGCUUCCUGCCAGCCCACUGACACUUUACAAACAUUUAUACAGCGCUUGAAAAAGAAACAAUAUGGGGAAAUGACGUUAGUUUACUGAAAUAUUGUAAAAUAAAUCGCAUUUCAUAGAUAAGUGUGUCAUGACACGCGCGACGGCAGCGGAAUAUUUAUUACCUACUCUUGAGGAAGUUUGUGAAACGUCACAACAGCCUUAUUAAUAUUCAUGACUGACCGCGUGCAUUGGGCGUCGCUCUAAAGACAGGCGGGGCGUCGCCCUCAUGCAUUAUUCACGAGCUUCUAGAGUGACAGACAGAGCCCCGGCUUGUUACUACACACAGUGUGAGUGACAGCGUGAGUGGAGUAUCAACUGCACGCACAAAGACAGGCUCUUAAAAACCAAGUCACAGGAAACAGUGGCACGAGUGGAGCUCCUAACACAGCCAUGGAUGUGACCACCUCCCUGAAGAUGAGCUCCAUGACCACCCAGAGUCUCUUCAGCUAUGUGGAGGAGGAGAAUCUGUCGGCCCUUAAAGCUCAUCUGGACAAAUACAGAGAUGUGGACACCAGAAGUGACAGUGGCCAGACGCCUCUGAUGUUGGCGUCAGAACAAGGCAGUCUAGAGAUCGUGCAGGAGCUCAUCAGGAGGGGCGCAAAUGUCAACUUGGAUGAUGUUGAUUGCUGGACAGCGUUGAUUUCCGCUGCUAAGGAAGGACAUACUGAGGUGGUGAAGGAGUUGUUGGAGAACAAUGCCAAUGUGGAGCACAGAGAUAUGGGGGGAUGGAGCGCGCUCACGUGGGCUGCUUAUAAGGGUCGUGUGGAGGUGGCACGUCUACUGCUGGAGAAAGGAGCCAACCCAAACAUCACCGGACAGUACAGCGUCUACCCCAUCAUCUGGGCAGCUGGAAGAGGUCAUGCAGAGAUAGUUCAGCAGCUGCUUCUGCACGGAGCCAAAGUCAACUGUUCCGACAAGUACGGCACCACACCUCUGAUCUGGGCAGCCAGGAAAGGCCAUUAUGACUGUGUGAUGCAUCUGCUGGAGAACGGGGCCAAUGUGGAUCAGGAGGGAGCGAACUCAAUGACGGUGCUAAUAGUGGCUGUUCGUGGUGGCUUCACCGAGGUGGUGAAGGAGAUUCUGAAGAGGAAUCCUAACAUGAAUAUGACUGAUAAAGACGGCAACACAGCGCUCAUGAAUGCUGCCAUUGAGGGCUACACUGAGAUUGUGCAAGACCUACUGGACGCAGGCACAUAUGUUAACAUCCCUGAUCGGAGCGGUGAUACCGUGCUGAUAGGAGCUGUCAGAGGAGGCCACGUGGAGAUCGUCCGAGCUUUGCUUAAUAAAUACGCUGAUAUUGAUGUCAAAGGCCAGGACGGUAAAACCGCCCUGUACUGGGCAGUGGAGAAAGGCAACGCAACGAUGGUACGAGACAUUCUGCAGUGCAACCCGGACACAGAGGCCUACACUAAGGAUGCAGAGACUCCUCUCAUCAAAGCCACCAAGAUGAGAAAUAUUGAAAUUGUGGAGGUUCUUUUAGACAAAGGUGCCAAGGUGUCGGCAGUGGACAAGAAAGGAGACACAGCUUUGCAUAUUGCCAUUCGUGGGAGAAGCCGUAAGCUUGCCGAGCUCCUUCUGAGGAACCCUAAAGAUGGCCGCCUACUCUACCGGCCCAACAAAGAGGGCGAGACCCCCUACAACAUUGACUGCACCCAUCAGAAGAGCAUCCUCACUCAAAUAUUCGGAGCCAAGCACCUGUCUCCCUCUGAGUGUGAUGGGGACAUGUUGGGCUACGACCUGUACAGCAGCGCUCUGGCGGACAUCUUGAGCGAGCCCACCAUGCAGCCCCCCAUCUGCGUGGGACUCUACGCCCAGUGGGGCAGCGGAAAGUCCUUCCUGCUAAAGAAACUGGAGGAUGAGAUGAAAACAUUUGCAGGGCAGCAGGUGGAGCCAUUGUUCCAGUUUUCGUGGUUGGUGGUGGUGUUGACUCUGCUGAUGUGUGGAUCUGUGGCUCUGGUUCUGGGUUUCACUGUUGAUCUGAAGCUGGCCAUCGCUGUUGCAUUUAGCCUGCUCACUCUACUGUACAUCUUCUUCGUGUUGGUGUACUUUGGUGGGAGAAAAGCAGGGGAGAGUUGGAGCUGGGCCUGGGGGCUUAGCACCAGGUUGGCCCGUCACAUCGGUUACCUAGAGCUGCUGUUGAAACUCAUGUUCGUCAAUCCCCCCGAGCUUCCGGAACAGACCACCAAGGCUCUGCCCGUCAGGUUUCUGUUCACGGACUAUAACCGUCUGUCGAGUGUGGGAGGGGAGACGUCUAUGGCUGAGAUGAUAGCCACGCUGUCCGACGCAUGCGAGAGAGAGUUUGGCUUCCUGGCCACCAGACUUUUCAGGGUCUUUAAGAACGAUGAAACUCAAGGAAAGAAGUGGAAGAAAACAUGCUGCGUGCCUUCCUUCGUGCUGUUUGUGUUGACGUUGGGCUGUUUGAUCACUGGCAUGACCCUGCUGGCCAUCUUUAAGGUGGAUGCGGAGAACCUCACGGUAAACGCGGCUCUGAUCGCCAUGGCCAGUGUGGUGGGUCUGGCUGUGCUUCUGAACUGUCGGACCUGGUGGCAGGUGACUGACUCUGUGCUUCACUCCCAAAGGAGAAGACUGCACAAUGCUGCCAAUAGCAUGCACAAACUGAAGAGCGAGGGAUUUAUGAAGGUUCUGAAGUGUGAAGUGGAGCUCAUGGCUAAAAUGGCCAAAACUAUUGACGGCUUCACUCAGAAUCAGACUCGACUUGUUGUCAUAAUCGACGGACUGGAUUCCUGCGAGCAAGACAAAGUGCUACAGAUGCUUGACACGGUUCGAGUGCUCUUUUCCAAAGGCCCCUUUAUCUCCGUCUUCGCCAGUGACCCUCAUAUCAUCAUCAAAGCUAUAAAUCAGAACCUCAACAGUGUGCUGCGCGACUCCAAUAUCAAUGGUCACGACUACAUGCGAAACAUCAUCCACCUGCCCGUCUUCCUCAACAGCCGUGGCCUCAGCACCGCUAAGAAUCUCUGCGUUGCCACACCAGCCAAUGUGGAUCAACUCAAUGCUGAAGCGUGGCAAGAGGACAUGGACAGGAAGUUAUCUCAGAACAGUCUGGGGGAGCAGGGAAGACAGGGCAGUAAAACAGCGUUGAACCGCAGGGACACCUACCGCAGAAGACAGAUGCAGCGCACGGUUACAGGGCAGAUGUCCUUUGACCUGACCAAGCUGCUGGUCACUGAGGACUGGUUUAGUGACAUCAGCCCUCAGACCAUGCGGAGACUGCUCAACAUCGUCUCGGUCACAGGACGUCUUCUCAGAGCCAAUCAGAUCAUCUUUAACUGGGACCGGCUGGCGUCCUGGAUCAACCUGACGGAGGAGUGGCCGUACCGUACCUCAUGGAUCAUUCUCUUCUUGGAGGAGGCGGAUGGAGUCUCAGAUCAGGUCACUCUGAAGACCAUCUAUGAGAGAAUCUCUAAAAACGUCCCCACCACUAAAGACGUGGAGCCCCUGCUGGAGAUUGAUGGUGAUAUUCGCAGUUUUGAGGUGUUUCUCUCCUCACACACACCUGUUCUCACUGCUCGGGAUGUGGAGAUGUUCCUGCCGUGCACCGUCAACCUGGAUCCCAAACUAAGGGAGAUCAUUGCAGAUGUACGAGAUGCGAGAGAGCAGAUGCACCUUGGAGGAGUCAGCUAUCCCACAAUGCCCCUGCAAGAUGUUUCGGCUCGGCCUCAGUCUGUGUUUGGGCAGCAGUCUUUGGCGUGUUCUCCUACAGGCUCCUUUCCUGGGUCUUUCCCCACUGGUGGUGUGUUGUCGCCCAGCCAGCCCCACAGCAGCUACUUCAGUGGGCUUACAGGUCCUCAACACCCCUUCUACAACCGGCCCUAUUUCCCUCAUCAUGUGUAUCACCUGCCCCGACAUUACCCUGGCAACCCCCAUCACGCCCCCUCACGUCCACCUACUAAACUUCAUAAGGACCCCAACAUGGGACUAGAUGUAAUCAGAGAAGAGGGUCUUCCCUCUCCUACAUCCCCCUCUAUGAUAAAAUCCCAACCCUACAGAAUGAAACAGGGCUCUGUUGCUGGGGUUUCUGGUGGGCCGGUGGUCCUCCUCGGUUCUCUGAGCAUCAACGCAGUAUGUGAGAAGCUCAGAAAGAUCCAGGGUUUAGACCCAUGUAUGCUAGAAGAGUACAUCAACACGGUCAAACAGGCCAACGUGAACGGUCGGGUUCUGGCUCAGUGCAACCUCGAUGAGCUGAAGAAGGAGAUGAACAUGAACUUUGGAGACUGGCAUCUUUUUAGGACCAUGGUUCUAGAGCAGCGUCAAAUUGAGAGCCAGCUGUUACGUGAUGAAUUGGUGGCGUGCAGCGAGCAGAGCGGCAGCGUGUUGACUCAACCCGAACCUCGGAGACCCACCGAAGCACCACGAGAUGUUACCAUAAACCCUGAAAACUUCUCGUACAGCCUCAACCUGAGCUUUGAAGAGCUCAGCAGCGUUGGACUCGAGGAGCCUCCCAGGCAACACGGCGCCCACUGGCUGGCCAACAGUCACAGGACGUCCAGUAUAUCCAGUUUGAACUCUCAGGAAUCUUCCAAUGACAUCUGUAGGCUCACCGACAAGCAGCAGGCAGAGUAUCACAAUGCCUACCAGGAGUACAUCUCCCAAAUGGCCCAUCUGGAAAUCUCCGCUGCUGGCCGAGAGAGUCCCGCUCAUGCUCCGUCCAGCUCUGAUGAGAACACAAAGGAAAGAGAGCAGGACGGGCGCAGACCCUUUAUAAACAAGGUCUCCAAACCUGGAGAAAGUGUCAUGGACUUUUCCUCUGGCCCUGAUAACUUGCUAGAUCCCAUAACAGAGGAAGAUGAGAAGUCAGACCAUGGAUCUGUCUCUAAAGUCCAAAGACGCAAAACCAAAGGUCGUGGACCGAGCUACCACAGUGUGCCCAGCGAUGAAGAGGAGGAAUCAGGGGAUGAGGAAACCGACGCCACUCCGCUCCUAAAAGACGAAGCCUGGGCUGCAGAACAAGAUUUAGGUAUCGCUUCUAAAAGAAAAAGCUUUGACAUCAUGUUGGACAAGAAGUCAUGUGAUUCUGGAGUGAGGUCUAGCAGGAGCUCAUCGGAUCGCUCGCUACAAGAUGAAGACAACGAAACGGCCCAGGAGAAGAACGAGGAGGACGCACAUCUGAUCGAGCUGGUUCUGGAGAGUCCGGUAAAGAAGCGACUCCUACCGCACAGGCUGAGUAACCUGCAAGAUGAGGCCCGGAUGUCUAUCUGCUCCGACGCUCCAUCUGAAAGCAGCCUUCUAGCCAGCAGCCCUGAGGAGAGCUGGCCUGCUUCAGCUGUGAGCAACUUUAACUGCUCACCUGAUAAUACUGCACACAACAAUAACAUCAAUAACAGCAGCCAGCAGUCCAUGCUGCCGCCGGAGACGCACAGCGCCACCGACUCCCCUUCUAUCAUCAUAUCUCCGGGUUCCAGCACCGAGACCACCCCGCUGACCAACCAGAACCUGCGUGGAAUCCACCUGAAGAGAGCCACAUCCGCCGGCCCUGCUACUGAUGCCGCUGAAGAACGAGAAAGUGUCCUUUAAGAGUCUACUGGUGUAAGAAUACAGUAUGUGAUCAUCGUGGAAGCUGAAAGCACUAAACAAAACUGUGUAUUUCUCAUAACUUGAUUUUCAUUCUUUUCACAAUUACCACGUAGAUUCCAAAUCAUCUUAAAAGUGUUCCUAAAUGUACUGGAUUGGGAGUGAUAAACACAACGUAGCGGUAUUAAAAACGCAAUAAACAGGAAGGUUGUGAAGCCGUUUAGUGGAAAAGCUGUUAUUUCAUGCUCUGUUGCUAACAUUAAACAUGUAGUCUGGAUUGAUCCGUUAUAUUAAAAUCAUCAAGUAGAGUGGGGAUUUAACCACACGUAGAUAAUGUUUUUUGCUGUGAUUGGUAUUGUGAACGCUGUUAUUUAUUUGGGAUUAAACACUCGUGGUUUAUUCAGGUAUUCUUGUUGUUUUAUGAUCAUUUACUUGAUUUGUAAACAUUAGUGUCACAUUGAAAGAAAAAAAAAUGUAAUAGCCUUUUGUGAGACAUGAUAUGUGUGUGUGCUUAGUGUUGCCACGUUUUCUCACAUUAAACAUUUUCAACCAAUUAAAA